GGAAAUCAAAGCCGGAUCCGGGUCAAGACUCAAGAAGGUGCCUUUUGAUUUAGUAGAGAGCGGCCCGACUUUCCCUGCACAAAGCUUUUUGGAGUUUUUCUCCUUCUCUUGUUGCUUCGCAUCUCUUUCAAAAAUGUCUGGUUCCAGUUCAUCAUCUUCACAAAGGGGGGAGAAUAAAGUCCCUAACUUCAGUAAUCUUAAACACUUUGCAGACACCGACCAGAUCUGGUCCAUCAAUAAGAUCAGCGAUGAGGUCGUGAAUUGGUUGGCUGCUCACCUGGAAAAGUGGAAGAACUUCCUAGAUACAGAUGAUGAGGAACUUGAUGAUGUUCAUGAAAAUUUUCAGACAGUCAGGGGAGACUUCGAAGAUGUUAGAAGUUCCAUCGGCCAACUCAACAAGUUCGAAAAUUUGGUCAACGAGCAGAUCAGAGCUUUCAACGAGCAGAUCAGAGCUUUUCUGCGUCCCAACUUGCCUGAUAUCCAAGGGCUGGAAGAAGCUACUGGACAAUCUGAAUCCCAGAGGCUGCAGGGUGUUGAUAAGCAGUCUAUCCCAAUCAGCGUUAAGAAGCUGGUUCGUGAAAUGGGUGCAGCUGUUUCAAAAUUAAAGGCGGAGCUCAAAUUAACUCCCCAGAAUGAGCCAGCUGGUGAGGCUGCAGUAACUGAAAGCCGAUUAGAAGGUGGACAGAAAGAAAUAGAUGAUGCUGGUCGGCAGAAGAAACAAGCUGACAAGAUACCAGCUAUAUCUUCUAAAGAUAUCGAAGGAACUUCAAUCUUCAGGUAUUUUGCAGAACAGUUUGGCGGGCUCAAUGAAAAUACGAAAUGGUGUUUGUCAUACAUUUUGGUGUUUCCAAAUGAUUUCGUUAUAAGGAAGACAGCCUUAAGGUAUUGGUGGAUGGCAGAGGGUUUUGUAGAUACCACCAGGGCGGCAGAGGAGGAGAUAGCGGAACUUAUAAAAAUGGACUUCAUUGAACCGGUGAUGAAGGAAGGGAGAACACUAGAGAACAAAUUCAUCAGAAUGAAUCCCUUCAUUCGUUUAAUUGUUAUGACGCUAGCCAAGAGAGAAGAAUACAUUAAUUUUGAUUCUGAUACUCGCAAGGUAAUCCUGCUGAGUACCAACCCGAAGUCUUCCCAGUAUGCAAUAAGGAAUCAAGAUCCAACAAAUUUGGAGACUUUAUUCAAUGUCAAUCAAUCUCUCAUAGAUCUGCAGAGUUUCUGGCUAUCCAAGGCGAAAAGUCUCCGUGUUCUUCAGCUAGGUAGUUGGAAAGGCUCCUCUGACUAUCAUAUUGAGGGGACUGGCUCCUCUGAUUCUGACAAUCAUAUUGAGGUGGCUAGCACUGAAUUCUUGAAAAGUUUUGUCAAUCUAAAAUCCCUCAGGUACUUAGGUUUAAACAUGGUCUACGGGAUUCACAAGCUUCCGUCUUCUGUUUCCAGUCUUGGUAAUCUGAGGAUACUUGAUCUCAAAGCAUGUCACAAUUUAACAAAAAUUCCUGCAGAGAUAAGCAAGCUCACAAGCCUUACUCAUUUAGACAUGUCGGGCUGUUAUAUGAUAGAAAGCAUGCCAAAAGAACUAGGGCACCUGAAAGAGCUCCGAGUUCUUAAGGGGUUUGUGGUUGGAGAUCCAAAAAGAGAGGAUGCGUGCAAGAUAGUUGAUUUGACAAAUUUGAAGAAUUUGAGAAAACUAAGCGUCUACUGCAGCAUGGAAGCUGAUGCAGAAGAGGCAACAGAGCUGAAAGGUUUAUCAGAGUUUAAAGAGUUGCGUUCCUUUACAAUAGCAUGGAUCGAAGUUUCUAGACCAUCUUCAUCAAAGAAAGAAGGCCAAGUUGAUAGCCCAUCAAAGUUCUCCGAAGGAAAGUCCCAUAGGGGUAAAUUUUUGGGGAGAUUGGUCAGCAGACAUCAUGAGAUUGGUGCAAAAGAAAAGAGUGCUUAUCCAUUCAAUACAGAGAUAAGAAGAGCUCACUCAGAUCCUUUGCCAGGAAAAUUUGGUCAGAACAAACCAGAAAGGGCCAAAAGCUCUGAACAAGUAACUGGAACGCCUUCCCCAGAUGACAUUCUUCCUAAACGAUUAAAGAAGUUAGACAUCCGAUGUUAUCCCAAUUCUAGUUUGCCCACCUGGAUAAAUCCAGAUCAACUGGAAAAGCUAGAAAAACUCUACAUCAGAGGAGGACAUCUCUGUUGUCUGAAGGACUUCAAAACUGUUAAAACUUUACGCCUGAGGUACUUGACUAAAUUGAAAAUGGAUUGGAAGAAAUUGAACGAUCUGUUUCCAGACUUGCAAUUCCUGGAAAAGAUUGGUUGCCCGAAACUCAUCUUUUUUCCUUGCAAUGGAUAUGGGGAAUGGAAGGGGAACACCGAGCACUAGCAUAGUUUCCGCUCUUUUUUUUUUCUUCCUCUUUUUUUUUUGUUUUUUAACUACAGUCUAUGUAAUUUCUUCAAUGCAUAAUUUUUAAUCGAUGGUGUUUCUUUCUUACUAAUUUCUACUUUGUGUUUCUACUUAUUGCUCUUUAUCUCUACUUGCAGAUUGUUUUCUUUUGAUAUGAUCUCAUAAAGACCUAUAAUGGCA